AUGACUGAGCAUAAUAGAGACGCCCUCCCUAACACGCAGGUCCCCGAACCCCGGAUCUCGCCCGAAGUCACCGACGACGAGCCUGACGACGGCGACGACGACGAUGCCAGCGACUCGGGCUUGGAUUCCGAGUCUCUCUACUCGGACAGCACCUCGCUCAGUUCUUCAGUGACCAGGUACCGCGAAGAGAAUGGUCGUCGCUAUCAUGCCUACGGAAUCACCGAGCACUGGGGUCCCAACGAUGAACAGGCUCAGGAGCAGCAGGACUUGAGUCACCACCUCUGGACUCUCAGUCUCAACGGAAAACUCUAUCUCCCUCCGAUCGACCAUCUCCAGGACGUCUUGGAUAUGGGAACCGGCACCGGAAUUUGGGCCAUGGACGUGGCCGAUGCUCACCCCGAAGCCACCAUCAAAGGCAUCGAUCUCUCCCCCAUCCAGCCUUCCUGGAUCCCUCCGAACCUGAAAUUCGAAGUCGACGACUAUAACCUUGAAUGGCUUGACCACAACAAAUUUGACCUUAUCCACGCUCGCGAGCUGCUGGGUACGGUUCCCAGCUGGCCGGAGAUGUACCGCAAAGUACUGGGCGCCCUCAAACCGGGUGGCUGGUUCCAACAAGCCGAUCCUCAGAUUUUGUUGACCUCUAGCUUCGACACGCUCGGUCCCGACCAUGUUUACCACCAAUGGAACCCUCUACUCCUCGAUUCCGGGAAAAAGGCUGGUUUGGACUUUGACUCGGCCCCGCACAUGAAAGACUGGCUCGAGGAGGCUGGAUUUAUCAACGUGACUGAAUACAGAGUUCCGUGGCCGAUCGGGACGUGGCCCAAAGAUCCGCACCAACGCGAAAUCGGCGCCUUUAACCAAGUUCGUAUCGAACAGGGCGUCGUGGACUUCUGCGGACGUCGCCUUACCAACAACCUAGGGUGGUCUCGCGUGCAAUUGGAGGUAUUUGCCGCGUCAAUGCGGUCGGCUGUGAAGAACAACAAAUUGUUGGCCCAUCAUUAUGUGUGGUUUGCCUAUGGACAAAAACCCCCUGCGUCGCAUUAAAUCGAUCAAGAUAACAACUCCAUAUACAGCUUUGUAUAUACAACUCGCAUACAUUUCUCGCAUUGACUGAAAGUAGGCAUUGCUAUUUUGCACCUAAUCUUCGCGUAUAUUUGGACAGGCACACAAAACUUAGCAACAAGAACGAAGCGCGGAGUUCCCUUUGUGUAACUAGGAAAGUAUUUCAAAGAUCAACGAAUUCAGCUUUAAGCUCAAGUGGCUUGAUAUGGCAUGCCAUUCCAACUCUAGAAUGACCCUGG